AUGAGUCUAGAAACAGUCCGGUUACCAUUCGCUUUGAGCGACUAUGUUCCGCUCUCUGAGCACCAAGAGCAGACACCCGACAGCUUCUACGACGGCAAGCCCGUGCUGCACUACCAUACGACAGGCGCAAAAGCUUGGAUCCCCAGAUCCCAGCUGGGCAAGCUGCCCUUUUUUCCGGCCGACCUCUCUUCGGAUCCUACAGCGCCCGAAAACAGCACGCUAAGCGGCCAAACCCAAGAAACGAUCGAACAGAAGGUUGAUAUAUUUGUGAACUCUCGCAACCUUUCUAUCUUCUGCCCUUCUGCCGAAUGCGGUGCCUCAAUCCCCUACCAGCAAAUUAGUAUCCACGCCGUCAAAACACUCCGUUCCAGCACCAGCGACCAAACCUUCCCCUCGGUCUACCUCCAGCUCGAGCUCGCCGAAGGCGGCGCAGGCGACGACGACUUUGACACAAUCGAGCUGACCCUUAUACCGAACCUUCAACCCUCGUCGAGGCCAACUGCCCAGGCAGAAGCCGGCCCCACAUCAACAUGCAAACCCGAAGCGACGCAACUCUUUGAGGCCAUCUCGGAAUGCUCCAACUUGAACCCUGACCCCGUCCAGGACGGAGAUGACGACGAUGAGAACGAAGACGGUGCGCGAAUCAUUUUUGAAGGCGACCAUGAGGCGAUCGAGGGCUUCACGGGCGUGUUUGCUGGGGCAAGCGACGGAGGACUGCCGCCCGCCAUGUCCGGCAGCGGCGGGUGGAUUACGGCGGAGAAUGUGCAUGAGUUCUUUGACGAGGAAGGUAAUUGGAUUGGGUGCAACGCGGAAGGCGAUGAAGAGGGGAUUAGCGGCGAGCUUGGGGAAGGGGCGGGAACUGUUCGUCCGAGGGAAGAUGAGCACGAGGGGGUUAAUGGCGAGGGGAGGGAAGCGGUAGAAGUGCGGCUCAGGCCAUUUCUCAUCCUCGGCCUGGCACUUUUUUGCUUCCUGUGGCUAGUCCUGCCGUACGACAAUGCGGUCCGCUUAGCCUUUUUGUGGAAUGCGAAAAGACUCAAGGCUGCCUUGACACCGCGGCCCAGUGAGCGUUGGGUCUAUGCACACCCGCGGCACCCUGUUGACCUGGGCCGAGAUGUUGUCGUCAUUGUCAAGACGGGGUACGGCACGAAAGAGAGGGUGCCGGCAUGGCUCGACGCCCUGAGCAGCUUGAACGAGUUCAGGGACAUUAUGGUCAUCGGCGAUUCCGAGGGUCACAUCAACUUCGCCGACGACUUUCACGAUCGGGGACUUCAGGUCUAUGACGCGGUGGGACAUUCCCUGCGCAUGCACCUGCGCGCCUACCAGGACCAUCCGAGGGUGAACAAGUACCAUCAGCUAGCCGAGGCGCUGUAUAAACGCGAUGACACGUUGGCACUUGAGCUAUGCAGGUCGUUUGGGUGGGAGCUGGAUGCGAUGAAGUUCAUCUCCGGGCUCGAGAUGGCUUACCAGAAGUAUCCUGGCAAGCGGUGGUACCUGCUGGUUGACGAUGACACCUAUGUCGUCCAGCCCUCGCUGAAGCCCCUGCUCCAGCACCUCGACCCGUAUCAGCCACACUACCUUGGAAACGCCGUUGGGGAUUUCAAGGUCCGCUUCGCCCAUGGAGGCUCCGCCGUGAUUCUCUCCCGCGGCGCCAUGCGAUCCCUGAUCGAGGAUCAAAAAGCCCUCGCAUCCAUCUAUGUUGACUCACUUGACGAGACAUGGGGUGAUCGGCUGCUGGCUAAAGCCUUGCUGCAGCUCGGCAUCCACCUCGAUGAGACGUACAGUCACUUAUUCAAUGGCGAGCCUCCUUUGCUCAGCAAGAUCCGCGCCGACAGACUGUGUUCUCCAGUCAUUUCCUUUCACAAACUGCCAUUCCCAGACGCCAUGAGGGAGGUCGGUGACUACUUCAGAAACGUCAGCAAACCGGUCACGUGGAUUGACUUGUGGGAGAUAUACGGAGAGACGCCUCCGUGGCGGCAGAGCGAAGAGGCUCUUCAGUACGAUGAUUGGGAUUACGUCGGCGAGCCUGACGAAUCGACCCUCAUAAUCCGAAACGUCAAGACGGCUGGGGAAUGCGCGAAGCACUUUAGCCGCCGGUCCCGAACCUCUCUGGCCUGGUCAUGGGAUCGCGUGACGGAGCGGUGUUACAUCAGCCAUUGGAUGAUUGUGGGAAGGCCGGCGGCAGGCCGUGUUUCGGCCAUCAAUGUCUUGCGGGCGAGACAAUUGGAAACAACAUGCAUAUCGUAUUGA